AUGUUUGGUGACGAGCAUGAAUCGGAAGAUGAGAAUUUCUUUAAACCAGCGCCCACUGCAAGUGGCAAAUCCACAUUGGCUAAAAUAUUUGGCAUCGCCCCCAAAGUCGCUGCAAAUAGCAGCGAACGGACUAAUGUUCCCGUCGCGCCGAAACCCGUAAAGAUAUCCGAACGUUACGGUCCUUCCAAUUUUCGAUACAUUCCCGCAGAACCGGCCGACGAUGAAACGAGCGAAGAUGCAAACAAACCACCAGAGUGGAGUAUUGUGCGGGCGGCCGUGGUUACGGCUUAUACGCUCGUCGAUGGUGAUAACGUGUUUCUAGGCAAGCUAGGACUGGCACUGCUCAAUUCCACCACCGGUCACAGAUUGCUGCUGUAUCGUACGAAAACGGAUGUGCUCGGAACGGUAACACUGACCCGUGAUACGAAGCUGCUGCUCAAGCAAGACUAUCUCCAGUUCCGGGCGGAUGAUUCGAACAAUUUUUGGAGUGUCCUGUUCGAAAGUGACUCCGAUCGGCAGGCGUUCCUGAACGCUAUAGAAUCAUGCUGCAGCGUGGAACGUGAACCGGUCGUAGAGGAACCACUCUCGGAGGUGGAAAAGGAUACCGAACCGCGCAAGAGUAAGCGUUCCGAGCUUGCGGCCCGAAUGGCUCGAUUGGGAGGCCAAGCAAUGGCCCCUAUGUUGGAAAAAACUAAAGCUCCACCCAUUCCAACGACAGCACCCGAGUCGGAUUCAUCCGAUACAUCCGAUUCGAAGAUUGAGACCAUUUCAACACGACCGCCUCGAAGACCAAACGUGAUGUCGGCCGUUCACAUGCAGAUGGUCCCGCUGACGGGAAUGAUACCAACCAAAGGUAGUGGAAUGCCUGUGUUGGGGCAACCGGCCGGUGGAACAAUGGCCGAUUUGAAUUUAAAUUUGAUUAUAAGUGAAACCCGCAUGCAGAAUACCGAAAUGCGAAUGAAUCUUACAAAGCUAGAAUCGAAGAUCGAUCUUGUGCUGGACAAGAUCGGUUUGCUCAAUAUGCAUGGAGCGCCGGGUGGUGGUGACCGGCCGAUAAGCGGCGCCGAGAAAGAUGCGGAAGUGCUGGAAUUGGAAGAGAAACUGCUCGAGCUAAAGCGUGCCAAUCAUGCACUAAAAAGCAAAGUGCGCACGCUGGAAUCUGCCGAACGGGACGGCAAACGGGAAGCGAAUGCAUUGUUGGAAGAAAAGCUACAAUCGCUAGAAGAAUCGAAACGGCGCCUCAAGGAAAGUGUGGUUAGUUUGGAGCUAAGGUUGGAAGCGAGUCGUUUGGAAGUGGGAGAGCAGAAGGAAAAGUUGGGCGUGUUGGAAAAGCAACUUGUUGAGGAGAAACAUACCAACGAAAGUAAGGCCAAAGAAAUAAAAACAAUGCUAGAGCAACUGGAGCAGGCACAGCUUGAGCGAAAUCGUCUGAAGGAGCAAAAUGAACAGGAAAAUAGUCGAACAAAAGAACUCCACACACAAGUGGAACAGUUGCAGAAGGAAUGUAGCGAACUUCGUGAAGAAAAUCAACGCCGACCGGUUGCGUCUAACGCGUCCCUCGUGAAGGACAUUAUGAACGGAUGCUAUCAGCAGCUGUGCGAUCAGAUAGUCGAUCCGCAAGUGUUGAAGAUCAUUGCCCAAACGAUCAAGCGCGAAACUAAAGCGGCACUAGAGCGAGAAGGUAAUCAGUAG